CCCCGACGGGAGGAGGAGUCUCGGCGCCAGGCCCGGGCGCGGCACCGGCAUGGAGAACUCGCAGCUCUGCAAGCUGUCCAUCGGCGGCCUCAACGUGCAGACCACGGAGGCCGGGCUGCGGGAGCACUUCGCGGCCUACGGCACGCUGACCGACUGCGUGGUGGUGCUCAACCCGCAGACCAAGCGCUCCCGCUGCUUCGGCUUCGUCACGUACUCGGCGGUGGAGGAGGCGGACGCCGCCAUGGCCGCCUCUCCUCACGCCGUGGACGGGAACUCGGUGGAGCUGAAGCGCGCCGUGUCCCGCGAGGACUCGGCCAAACCCGGCGCCCACGCGAAAGUGAAGAAGCUGUUCGUGGGCGGCCUGAAAGGGGACGUGGGCGAAGGGGACCUGGUGCAGCACUUCAGCCAGUUCGGCCCGGUGGAGAAGGCCGAAAUCAUCGCCGACAAGCAGAGCGGCAAGAAGCGCGGCUUCGGCUUCGUCUACUUCCAGAACCACGACGCGGCCGACAAAGCGGCCGUGGUGAAGUUCCACCCGAUCCAGGGCCACCGCGUGGAGGUGAAGAAGGCCGUGCCCAAGGAGGACAUC